AUGGGGGACAAAUACAAAAUGAAAGCAAGGCAAGCAAAGUCUCAGGAUAUUUCAGCAGCCACAUGGGCAGAGCCUCGAUCGUCCAAGGUUUAUGAUCGAGUGAGGACAUUGAACAGCUAUGACUUGAAAACUCCGAUGUAUCAGAUCAAAUCACAGUAUCUUAUAGAAGACUAUGUUGAGAAAGCAGUUCAGUUUGUGGGUGAAAUUAGCGGUGUCUCUCCAGAUUUGGAUAUAACCAACAGGACGGAUGUUCUGCGAAUUAUUGACAAGGGAAAGAAAGAAGGCGUUGUCCCUAUUCAUGUUUCACAUGACAACUAUGCCAUUCUCAGCCUCAGUGUUUUCAACAUCAAGAUUAGUAAAUACAGUGCUAAUGAGGAACUUCUAUUGAGGAUCCCUGUUCAUGAAAUAGCAGCCAUUUGUUACAUUAAGGAUGAUCAGCAACACAUACUGGCCAUAAAAUAUGGUAACCAAGAAUCUUGUAAACUAGCACUUCUGUUCUGUGAAAAUAAGCCUGCUGCUGAAGAAAUAUGUGCCUUGAUGAACCAGUGCUUUACCUUGGUGUACACAGAAGCAACUGUGAACUCCAUAGAGAGGCUUAUUAGUCCCACAGAACAUUCUAGUACAACGUCCAUUGGAACAGCAUCUACACUUGUCCACAGACAGGAGAUUAAAGACAUGAUCUCCUUUCAGUCUGCCUCAGUACAUAACUUUCGGGUUCCUAGCGGCUCAGACAGUGCCAGGAACAGCUCCAGUGACAUAGGAACAGGCAAGGAGUUACUGGAGGAUUACAUGGCUAAGCUGACAACAAAAUUAACCCCCGAGGAAUUGAGGUUGUUUUUGAGACAUUUGAAUGAAUGGAAGAAAGACAACCAUUUUAACGAGUUCUGUGAUGAAGUCUUGCAUUUGUUAGGACCAGAAAGGAAACAGCUUUUGUCUGAAUUGUUGCCAUUCAUUCCAUCUGACAACUACCAGUACUUUGAGGAGUUCCUGAGAAGAAACGACAUUCAGUUGUUGGAGAAUACCAGCACUUUCUCCAGCUCCAGGACAGACUUGGUGAAUUACUCCACACGGGGAUCACUGAGUGAGGUGUCCACUGCUAGCAGCAUGAGCAACAACGCACCUGGCAGCGAUGUUCUGGACCACUUCCUGGACUUAACGAAAGCUGAGUACAACAGUGUGGAUGUGGAUAUUCCAGAGGACUAUUAA